GUGGUUGCUUCGCUCUAUGGCACGGUCAUCCUCCGCUGCUCAUUUCCCUUCAUACGUGGGCUGGAAGGUCUGGUAGUGGUCUGGGAGAAGACUGGUCCGGAUAAAAGAGGUUUUAUCGCACACAAGUACAAAGAUGGCCGGGAUAAUGUCAAGGAUCAAGAUCUACGCUACACAGGACGCACAGCAUUGUCUGAAGAUGUCUCUAAGGGAACGUUGGACCUGACACUGCGAGAGGUCACCUUCAGUGAUGAAGGAACGUAUUACUGCAGAGCAGCCAAUAAGAGACGCCAUGGGGACCAGAAGGUGGAAUUGACCAUAGGCAAUUUAAAUGCAGCUGAUUCAACAGUUACCGUCAUUCACAUUGAUGGGAAGAAGCGUCUGAAAUGUAUGGAUAUUGGCGUGUUCAGGAAUCCGUGGGUCAAGUGGUACGAUGAGCAGAAGACGGAUCUGUCCCAACAUGGAACACGUAAUGUAACUGACAUCAGUAAUGGCCGGAAGAAGGUGGAGUCCGUGCUGAACAUGGAUGUGGAAACAAAUAAACAUUACUUCUGUGUGGUGAAAGAGGGGAGACUGAAGAGGACCGCCCGAGCUGUGAUAUCAGGU